AUGAGUGACGACCAACCGUAUGUCACAAUUCGUGCCCGCCAGCCCGUGGGGGGGCCAGGCGCACGCAAUGGUGACCCAUCUGCAAACUUCAGCAACGGCGCAAUGCAGCCCAGAUCGGCCACUCACGAUAUCAGCCGUACGAGCUUCCAUGUGAAGCACAUCAGUCAGUUUGCUAAGCGACUGGAAGAUUCUGCGACCCGGGCCUUUCCUAACCGCGGCCGCUCAUCGCAGCGCUACAAAAAGGUGGAAGCUCUUCUUCUUCAUUGGGGUUCUGAUGAUCUUUUUGUACUGCCGGAAUUGGAGGACUUGGAAAAGUGUCUGAGCGAGGACUAUGCGUUUGACACGGACAUCUUCGCCAUCCCAUCGGAGAACUCGCAUCUCGAGCUGAUGAUGCGCGUUGGUCAGCUGAUCAAAGAGCAUGAAUCACCCGACACACUAUUUCUGGUAUACUAUGGAGGUCAUGCUAGAAUAGACGAGUCUCGCCAAAGCACAUGGUGCGCGACACGGGAGCCGACCUCUUCCUGGUUGCAAUGGUCUGCUAUUCAGACGCUCCUUGAGCGCUCGAAAUCAGAUGUUCUCAUCCUGCUAGACUGCUGCGCUGGCGCAGCAAGCGCUACCUUCCCCACUGGAAACAGCAUUACCGAGACGAUAUCGGCGUCGAGCUGGGAUGCAAUUGCUCCAGAUCCGGGUCGAUACUCUUUCACCAAUGCAUUGAUUGAAGUCUUGCAAGAAUGGAGGUCGCGAACAUUUUCUGCUGCCAUGCUGCACGCCGAGGUGCUGGCUCGCCUGAAGCACCCACGUCCAAUCACCAUCAACGGCAAGCUGUUCGAAGCGCGAUCGACCCCGGUUCAUUUUAUGAUGACGGCAAAUCACAGAGCUCCAAGUAUUGAGUUCUGCAGUGCCAGGCAGGUGCAGAAGCUGCCCCCGUCGCCGCCGCUGCCUCCGUCUCCCCCACGGCCCAGUCACGGCUCCGGCGCUGACCCAAUGGGUAUUACUCGAGGCCCUUGCCCCAACCCCAUUCCCAGAGAGCCUGUGGUCAGCGACCCGAACGAGGAUACGCCGCACGUCAUGAUUUCGCUAGCCUUGGAAGACGACCAGAGGCUUGAUAUCAAUGCUUGGGAGCAAUGGCUGAGUGCCUUUCCGGCGCUUGCCAAGCAUGUCAAAGUGCAAGGAGUGUUCAAGAGUCACUCCACCCUACUUCUCGUUUCCAUGCCGGUCAUGAUAUGGGACCUACUUCCUGAAGAUCACGCGACAUCCUUCGUCGCCUUCAUCAGAUCGAACAAUCUCGCCAUACCCAAAAAUGCCCAGCAGCCACCAGUGCUGAGGUCGAAAGUAAGCAGAGGUAUACACAAUGAGCGCCUUGAGAGCCAAGAACGCGAGCUGCAGUCUGAGUUCAGAGAGCAGCACAACGACUUGUAUCGGAAAGCUAGAGACCUGCAGGCAGACCAUGAGACUCGAUCCUCUGAUGCAAACGCCGAAAUGGUGGAAUAUCUAGAUCGGGGCCUAGGCAAGCUGCGCGGCGAGCUGGCGCCGGAGCCGGCGCCGCCGAGAGUCUACCCGGAUGUCGCCAGCCCCUCUAAGAUGCACGCCGACGACUACACAGGCAAGGUGUAUCGUGCCACCUCAGACGAGACGGACGGCUACGUGGAAGUGCCAAGGGCGAGUGAUGUCCGAUACGCAACAGGACACGCCGGACGCCCAUCGUCUGAGACGGGAGGCCAGCAAGAGGACACAACGCGCCGUGGUCGGAGCGGCGGUGGAGGGCUGCUCACAAAGGUAUUUCGGCGAUCCUGA